AUGUACUCGACGGCCUCAGCAUACCAAAUCUACAAGACCUGCGUCAACACGUCUUCCUCCAGUCCAAAAUCUACAAAGAAGACUAAGUUAUGGACCGUCCAGGAAGUCGAGGACCCUGUCGACGUGGGCAAGGGUGUCUUCGCCCACAGGACACUCAACCCAGGCGAGCUUAUCAUGACCGCUACUCCAGAAUUCGCCCUUGAUCAGCAUGAAGGCAGACCAAUAACAUCCGUGGCCAUCUUCGAGGAAUUCCUGAAGUUCGAUAGAACCAACAGGGACCGCUACUGGGAUCUGCCGCCAGCCAAGUCAUCGGAGCACUUUCCCGACUACAUUGUAGAGCUCUCCACUGCUUGCGACGAGGACGGCAAAGCGCUGUUUCCCCUCCAGAACACAGGAUCUGGCGGCAGAGUGGUAGCCAUCUUCCACGAAAACGCCUUUGAGUUCGAGGAUGCGAAGGAUUGGACGAUGAAAGGCAUUUUCAUCGACGCUGCUCGCUUCAACCACUCCUGCACACCGAAUGCUUGUUUCACAUACAUCAAGAGGACCAACAAACUGGAAAUCCGCGCCUUGACUGAAAUUCCCAUCAGGACUGAGAUCUUCAUCCCCUACAUCCCAUUGCUGAAAAAGCCAGCCACGAGGCGGCAGCUUCCCAUGGACCAGUUCGGCUUCGAGUGCAGAUGUAAGGCUUGUGACAGACAUACCAACUUUGCGAACGAGAGUGCUUAUAGGCGGAAUCAGCUGGAGAUCAUGGAUUUUGAGAGGACAGAGCCGCCCGCACACAAGCAGCGGAAGACUUGUUGGGACAUCAUCGAGCUCAUGGAGGAGGAAGGACUCUUGGGCUGGGAGAAGGGCGCGGUUCACGAACAGCUCGCCAAGCUGUACGAGGAGCAAGACGACAAUGAAUCUGCUCUCGAGCAGAUCAGAGAGACGGCGCGGAUCGCCAGGCUUUGCUUUGGACCCAGACAUGCCUUUGCGAGGAAGUGGGAGGAGAAGCGCCGGAACGCCGAGCUUAGGGCAGGCAUUAAGGGAGGUGCGGCUGGUGAUGGGGAGGAGAUGGAGGCGGACUAG